GAUCGACUUAGAAUUUCAGCCUUGUCCUUGGAAUCGCAAAGAUGGUGGCCACAGAUUCAGUAUCGGUGUUCGCGGAAGGCACAUUUUCUGAGCAGAUUCGCGAGCUGGUGGACUACCUUGCUCGCGGCCGCCCAGAGGAGGAACGACCGGCUUACGUUCAGCCUUUUACAGACAUUUUAGAGACCGCGGAAGGUCAGCCUGCAAUCGAGGAAGAUGAGGCACGACGGAAGAAUGUGUUCACGAUGGUUCUGGGAGAAGUGAAUGGGCUCGGGGAUGGUUCAGAGAAGGAGAUCGAGGGAUUCUUCAACUUACUUUUUGCGCAUUUCAUCACUCUUCUUCCUCUUGACUCUUCCGACGCGAAAGCGCGUCUCGUCAGUCUCUUGCAAACGAUCGCAGGCUCUCCCGAUCAAAGUAUCAUCAAGUAUCGGAUACUGUCAAACUUCUUCAAUGCGCUUCCUCGUCGAUCGAACCUCCGUCUGCUCGUCUACAAGACGUUGCUUGAGCUUGCAAGCACACAUGAUGAGCUCGAACUGCUUGGCCUCUCACGCGGAGAUGUAGAGAAGUGGGCGUCUGAGUGGGACAUUUCUGUUGAGGAAAAGAGCGAAUUCCUUCAAUCCGUUGCCUCCGCUUAUACAAAGAGCGGUCAGCCAGAAAUCGCCUUUGGCUAUACCCUUUCAUACGUCCGUUCUCUCCCCUCCUCAUCGCCAAAUGCUCAGACUGCCGCCGUGGACGCCAUCGUGGAUGCCCUCCGCCUUCCCUUGUACUUCGACUUCGAUGCUUUCUUCCGUCUGGACGCUGUCGUCGCAGCAAAGGACCACGAGCUGUUCUCUCUCCUCCAGAUUUUCUUGAACGACGGCUUACCCGAGUACAAAGCAUGGGAGGAGGGUCAUGCGGACGCGUUCGCAAAGUAUGGCUUAGAGAGGCCGCAGCUCGAGCGUAAGGUUCGCCUGCUCAGCCUGGCGACCCUUGGCUUCCAGAACAUUGGACAUCACCUGCCAUACUCCACGAUUGCCUCGACGCUGCAGGUUGAGCAGUCCGACGUGGAGCGAUGGGUCAUCGAUGUGAUCCGCGCUGGCCUGCUGUCAGGCCGCCUCUCACAAACCUCACAGACACUGCAUGUCACUCGAGCCGGCAUACGCGCGUUCGAGCGCCCACAGUGGGAGCUGCUGGAGAAGCGCUUGCUCGCCUGGAAGACUGGCCUGGCAGGCGUGCUGGACGUCAUCGCAGACGCAAGAAGGAAAGGUGGUGCCGAAGCGGUUGCUAGUACGAGCACCGCUUCCCCGGCAGGGACCGAGGUGCCUGUACCUGCGCCUACGCCUGCGCCUGCGCCGCCAGCGGCUGCCGCGGCGUAAUUAUCAGGUGGAGUCUACAUACAAAAGGGAGCUCUGUUCCCAUAUUGCGGACGGGGUAUAGGAGAGAUGUACUAGUGCUGUAUCCUAAUGAACCUCGGCACUGAAGGACAAGCCGAUUUGCACAAAUAUUGGUCUACGGGAAAGUUCAUGGAGCGCUCGACAGCAAUGCAAUAAUUCGGUAUGACAUCUAAUGAAGACACUCGUCCAUUACCACUCUCCAUCGAAGCCGAUGAAUCCUGUCAACAGGAACAACGGGAAGAACCGCUUUUUUUCCAGCGAGGAACACCAGUUCCACGCGCUCGUCAGCCGUCCGUCGAUGCAUGAGCCAGCGUCGUAGUAGUUGCCGGCCCCUGAACCGUCGAACC